GGUUCCCCAUCCCCCGUCCCCGGUCCCAUCCCUGGCGCGUCCCAUACGUGUACGCAUUGCUUGCUAUGUCUCACUCUGCCUCAACAUUUGUAGUGAUUUUUUUAUUCAUAUUUCGUAAAAUGUGCACCAAGCGCCUACUGUAAACAUCACUACAUCAGGUGGUGUUGUGAAGAGACUAGCACAACAAUGACCACAUGACUAGUAGACCCAGCAGCAGUGACCUAAUGCUGGAGACUGAGGCUCUUUUGACUCUCCUGGACUUUUCUCUUGCAACAGGUACUACAGGCAUCUGAGGAACACAGCUAUGGGACCUCUUACCUGCCUUUGUCUUGUGGUGUUGAUGGCAGCACCAGCACUCCAGCGUGGAAUGUCAUCCCCUAGCACAUCUGGCUUACUGGUGUCUGAGGCUACAGUCAUGCAAGCCCCACAUUCCAGUGUUACAAAAUCCAUAGAAAAGUCCCUCAAGACAGCCUCAGUGACUAAGAAAGGAAAAGCUAACAAUAGCACUGGAUUAUGUCAGAACAACACUAGUCCAGUCUCUUGUUUAUCUCUUUCCCAUAGUAACUAUGAAAUCAACAUCAAUGAAUCCACCCCGUGUGUAUUUCGGUGCUUUUAUGAUCCUCAGGAGCUGAGACCCCUGAGGCUGGAGGUUCACCAGAAAUACAAAAACCCCAUGCAGCAUCCAACAUUCAUAUCAGUCCAACAAGACCAUUAUAUCAGCUGCUGGACAUUGCCAAUCAUUUCUUCCACCAGAGGAGAAAAUCAGAAAUUUACAACCCUAGAGACUCUCCUGUGCCCACCAGCAAAUGAAUCUAAGGAAGUUGUGGAGGUUACUGUAUCUGUCAGAGGGCCAGACUUGAAAAAGAUUCAGAUUGCCUUGAAAAAUGUAUCUUUUGUUCUUCAGAAGGAAGUGAAUGUUACAGUGAUAGUUACUCCUGUUUCUCCUUGGUACAAGCGCUACCAGUGGGCUGCAUACGAAGAAUCUGUCCUUGUUACUGCUGACAGUAAUUCUGACAUUUGCAGUGUUUUGAUUCUUCAAAAUGCCAAGUGUCCUGUAUACUCGGAGUUGUCAGGACUGAUCAACAAAGGACGCUACCAGACCUUCACUAGGCGGGCAGGCAUGGUGGCACACAGGACAGAGUUUCCUGAUGGGGUUCAUGUUAUAGUCCUUUCUCUGCCUGAUGAUGAUGCAUGUAUCCUCAGUCCCGUAGGCUCACAUAACAACACCCGAGACACGAGAACCAAGACUGUGGUGCUGGAGGUUUAUGAUCAUGCAACAAUAUCAUCAACUUGGUACAUAUUCUGCUCAACUGCCAUCAUCCUCACUAUCAUCAUCAUUGUUGCCACGACACUGAUUUCUGCCAUGAUCAAGAGGACUUUAUCUCCAUCCAGUGUAAGUAGUGAGGAUGAGCGUCCCAUGUUGGGUGAGUCUGCCAUGAGGCCCUCAUACCAAGUGGAAGUUAUGGAAGGAAUGUACUCUGCGGGUGGAUUACAGCAUAGACAAAAUGGCAGGCCUUUAAGUCAGGAAAACAGCCAUUUUUGCAAUGAACAAGAAGCCGAUGGCAUAGAGAGAGGAGGUAAUGAAGAUGGUAUUGGACAUGUUGGGAGGAGAGGUAUACUGGCUCUUGAUACUUCAGGGGGAAUUGAAGGAGGCAAUUCACACAAUACCCAAGCUGUUGUACCUGUCCACUCACCCUCCUUCCUGCCAGCCACUACCCAUGCACCGGUGGGUGAAUCCAUGGAUAUCAAUGACUCAUUCAAUCCUCGAAUUGUGCUGUGGUGGAAGUGUGUGGCAGUGCACGAGGCAGGCACAGCUGAAGCCCAAGUGUCAGAGGUUGGAUUUCAAAACAGCCUGAUCAUCAUGGGGGUGUUUGCAGCACUUCCCACAUCUGAGCUCCUCCGAUCAUACCUGAGCAUGGUAUUGCAUCAUGGCAAGGAAGAUCAGUGCUUCUGGAACUCUCGCUGCCUGACAGCCUUUGGCUUUUUGCCAGACUUUGCUCGAGUAUUUACCAAUUACGGAUAUAUUUUGCUGGGUGUUGCCUUUGUCAUCAUUGUCAAGAAACACAAGAAUCUGACCUCUAACAUUCUUAAGCAGUUCAGGGCCAAAAAUAGUGUGGGUGUGACUCAUUGCUAUGGACUCUUUGUCUCCUUGGGGUAUGGUCUUAUCAUGCAGGGAGUUAUGUCAGCCUUGUAUCACACUUGUCCUAACAGUGUCACAAUUAAGUUUGAUAUGAUGUUCAUGUAUGUGAUGAUGGUGGUUGCCGUGGUGACAAUCUGGGGUUUGCGGCAUGGUGAUGUCACGCAUCAUGUGUACCCGACUGUCAUCACCGUGGGCCUGGCACUCCUGGUGGCUGAAGCACGGAUGUGGCUGAGGCGUGAAUGGUUCUGGGGACUGCUGUCAACUGUCUAUGUCAUUCUUUUGCUCUCCAAUGCUGUCCUUAUGUCCACCUAUGGUAUUUGGUCCUUCUCUUUAUCCAAACUGUGGCAUGUGUGGAGUGCUUGGAAGCCUGUUGCAGAGAAGCUGAAGAAUGUUAUGGGAGAGCAGGACACCAGCUCCCAGCCCAUGCAGGUGGCACGGGUAUUAGUUGGCGUGGGCAGCAACAUUGGGCUCAUUGUGUAUGGCAACCUGGGUGACCCUGAUGUAUACAACUUCAUCCUGAUUGUGUGCCUUGUCAACAUGGGCCUUUAUUUUGCCAAUUAUGUGAUGAUGAAGAAGCUGUCAUUUGAAGAGAAGGGAACAGUGCUGGCCUGGGUGUGUCUGGCUUUCUCCAUCUUGCUUUGGAUCAUUGCCCUUGUAUUUUUCUUCCAGCGUCGCAGUGAUUCUGAGAGAUCUCCAGCAGACUCAAGAAACAAGAACUCUCCUUGUGAUUUCCUUCAUGUCUUUGAUGAGCAUGACAUAUGGCACAUCACUUCAUCAUUUGCACUAUUUUUCUUCUUUGUCGCUCUCCUCACCAUGGAUGAUGACCUCUGCUGGAAAUCAUCACAGGAAAUCAAGGUUACUUAGUUUUCAUCCUUUCCUCCCACCACACCCUGAGAGAGAGAGAGAGAGAGAGAGAGAGAGAGAGAGAGAGAGAGAGAGAGAGAGAGAGAGAUUCAGCUAUUCACUCCAAUCAACAAAUGUUCAAACCAUUGUAUGCUGUUUUAUAAUGGUUGCCACACUAAGCAGUAGGCACACAGGUGUGAUCCUUGCUCUGUGAGUGUUCCCACUGGACAUAACAAUUUUCAAACUCAGAAUAAUUUUUUUACCCUGUCUCCUGGUUAUAGCGAUGGGAGAUUGUUCUCUUUGGACUCCUUCAGUGGAUGAGAAGGAAUCACUAAUAUUAAUUGUAGCCGUGAACAAGAAGAGAAAAAAAGAAGUGGGUACGUGAAACAAAUAUGAAGAGGCCAGUUGAAACAAAAUCUAGACAGCAUUUUAGAUUAUCUCCUGCUCAGUUCACUGAAACCCUCUCACUCUUAGAACAAGACAUCAGGAAACAGGAUGCCAUAUCUAGGUAGUGUAGUGUGGGGCAGCAAGUUGCAAGCCCCUUGCUUAUGGGUGAGCAAAGUUAUGCUGAAAAAAAUCACAAGCCAUGGGAUCAGGGAAGCUGUGUGGGCCACAUUGCAGGCAUUGCUGACAUGGGUUUGGUGGCGUUGUGAACAGCCUCAUAUAAAAUACCACGAGCCACACCUUUGAAUCACCAGUGUUGUGGUUAGCGUAGCAUCACAACCAGUAUGAAGUGACUUUAAGGCCUGUUUCUCUUUCAUUGUGAACCCAUUUAUUUUAUUUUAUUUCAUAAUCCCAUCCUGUACACAAUCUGAACUGCCUAGAUAAUGCAACACAUUCAAAUUUCACACCAUUAUAUUUCAACUUUUUUCCACAAACCACCUUUAAGCCUUUAACUAUAGGCUUCUUGAUGCCAAUCAUUCUUCCAGAAGAAUUUCUAAGAAAAAUUGCUCAUCUUCCCAUGUAUUUAUAAUUACUUAUAAUUUCAGACAUUUCUUACAUCAUUUAAUUGUAAAAUAUUGUGAACAUAAAACACGCAUGCACAUACACAGGUAGGGAAUAAGAAGCUUGGCUUGCACCCAAGAAGUGUAGAGAAUAAGGGAAAUAUAUUAGAAAAUAUAUUCCUGAGUUCAGCAAAGCUAGACAUACAUAAUGGUAUUUUUGGUAUAUACUGUAAGUUGAUGUCAUUUGUCUUUUGUAUAACUUUUAAGUUGAAAAGGCUGUAUACUUAUAAGUUUAUUUUUAUUAAUAUCUGGAUCAUACUGAGGAAGAGGUUGAAAUAUUGAAAUGUUAAGUAAUCAGAUAAAGAUAUUCAUGUGCUUUCUUGUCUUGGCUGCAGGUAUGUUAAAAAUGGCUAUUUUGCAUACAUAUAAUUUAGAUUGGUAAUUGUUGUAGUUCUUUGUCUCAUUGCAUUCUCCCUGUAAAGUUUUAAGUUGGGGUCUACCAGCUUAUUCCUUCUCUUGGCUGUUACCAAAGUCUGCACACCUGUCCAAGUGUGUUCCUCCUCUGUCUAGUCCCUGCAGUUGUCUGGCAAAGCUCAUCAGAAGCCUCGCCCUGUGAUACCCCAUCCAUCGCUCAUCCCCUUUCCUCAUCCAGCUACCCCAUUCUAAGCUCUGGUCACAUUGGUCAUGAAUAUUGCUGGGAUGGGCUCUUAUCAGUCAAGCAAAAACUGCUCCACAUAUUUGUGUUUGGGUGUUCUAGGUGUGCUGAAUCAAAACGGCUACCUGUUGACUCUGGGACACUGGAUCAUGAAAUACAUAAUAACUAUUUGUGCUUUGCUUCCUGCCACUCCUCUUGCAGCAUGCAUAGAACACUAAAGGUACUUCAGAUAAAAAAAAUGUAAAACAUUGGAUACCUAGGAAACUGAACAGCAUCUUUAAUGACUUGAUAACAGAGAUGUCUGUUAAAGAUAAUUGUGGUUUCUUUGAGUCUCGUAGAAAGUACAAGGAGAAUUAUGUUGUACCUUUUGUUGCUAACUUUCUUUGAGGGGUGAGGUCCCACCUAUGCAGGCUAUGAAUCAGGUAUCAAUAUCCUGGCCCAUUGUUUGGUGCUAUUAAAACAGCCUCAUGCAAUUUUUAUUUCCUUUCGGUAAUGAAACGAAAGUUUUAUAGUUGAUUAUUAUUUUAUUCUAUGUAAUUUUUAUAUUUAUUCAUGACUGAAAAUUAAUGUUUAUUUUAUAUUUAAAUCUAUUUGAGGAAAAUGUUAUUUUUAUGAAUUUUAAACUUUUAAGUGCUCUAAAUUUCUGAAUUUGUCCACUAAUUUUGUGCCCACAGAAUAUUAGUUUUAGGACUAGACAGGCACAUUGACUGCAAUCCUUUGAAUAAGUGGAUAAAGUCCCACACAUAUGGCUAGAGCCAGUACCAUCUGUGCAGUGACAGCCUGUAAUAGAACAAGAAAUGGCCAUUCUGUUAUAAUUCGUUACAACUUGUAACUUAAAUAAAUAAUGUAAAACUCUUGGGAAUGCUUUUGUAUAAUUUUGGGAAAUAAAUGUAUGCCAUGGUGUAAUCAGUUAACUUUUACAUGGAGGAGAGAGAGAAUAAAAUAUCUUGCCUUCCA